CAUCUCAAUGAACCAAACCCAAACCCAAACCCAAAAAGAAUCAGAUUCCAUUAUUAUUCAAUAUUUAUUAUAUAAAAUCCAAACAAAAAUGCUCCAACUUUUCCCAUUCAAGCAAAAUCAUCAUCCCCCACCAAAUUAAUUCAUUUUUCAUCCCCAAUUCAUGUCUGAGCUCAAGCAAUUUUGUAUGGUGAUGAAAAUCAAUGUUGACUGCAAUGCUUGUUGUAGGAAGCUUAGGAGGAUUGUGAAGAAAAUGAAAGCAAUCGAGACGUAUAUGAUAGAGAGGGAGCGACACAGGUUGAUCGUGUUUGGCAGAUUCAAGCCAUCCGAUAUUGCCAUUAAGAUCAGAAAGAAAAUGAAUCGUAGAGUCGAAAUCCUCGAUGUUGAAGAAAUGGAGCCCUUACAAGCCACCGAUCAAAACUCACCGCCACCAGAGAACAUUCAAGGUCUUGGUUCUGGCCCUGGCCCUGGCCCCAACGUUGAUCAACAUCACAUGCCCAUGUUUCCUUCAUUGGAGCAAGAUCAUGGAAGGCCGUCUAUGUUUCCAUCUCUUGCCGCCAACCAAUGCCGUUCCCACCCAUCUUGUCGCUCGGAUUUCGCCAUAACUUGCUUCCCAAAGCCUGACAUGGAAGAGCGCUUCUGGCAGUAUGGAUAUGACUAUGAACUUGUUGGAGAUAGAGAAGAACGACCUACCAUCUCUAUUCACAAUUACUACCACUACUAGUUUUUCUUUUUCUUUUUUUUUUUUCUUUUUAAAACUAAAGAGUUCUCUUAUACGUACGUAUUGAUUAGGGUGAUUAAAUAAUUUGUUAACUAUUUUAAUUAUCAUUUUACUUCCAAAUUAUACUUCUUUUGAACA